AUGGCUAGGAAGGGAAGUCGCAAGGUGCGGACUGGGUGCUUGACCUGCAAGAUACGCAAGAUCAAGUGUGACGAGGGCAAGCCUUUCUGCAACCGCUGUACCAGCACAGGUCGAAAGUGCGACGGAUAUGCGGUUGAACCGGCAUCGGUGCUUCGAUGGCAACGACCUCAAACACUCCAGAUCGACUCGUCAACCAACGGUGAAGAAGCCAGAGCUUUACAGUACUACUGCGAGCAUGUCGCACCCUUCAUCGCCGGUCCGACAGACCCUUAUUUCUGGACCCAUUUGGUCGUGCAAUUUGUGAACCGCGAGCCUGCUGUUAAGCACUCGGUCAUCGCCAUCGGCUUAUUAUACGGCAACAUGGAUGGCGGCACUCAUACCCACCUAGACGGCGUGGCACUGAGCCACUAUAACGCCGCAAUUUUCGAACUAAAAUCGCUACAAAAUGACAACAACGGGCUAGUCUUGGUGGUCUGUCUACUUUUCGUCUGUAUCGAGUUGCUACAGUCCAAUACGGAAGCUGCCGUUAGACACUGCAAUCACGGACUUGCGAUGUUGGAAAGCUCGUGCUCAAAACCGGUUGUACGGGAUCACUUACUACCGAUAUUUCGACGGCUGAACAUGCUUCCGUCUUUCCCGGGAACGAGCUAUUUCAACAAUGCCGGUACAAUGAUUUGCGGGUGUCCGAUACCGGCUUCUUUCGACAGCUUCGCGCACGCACAAGCCACUAUAGACGACCUUUAUAACCAAACGAUACAGCUUAUACGGCUCGGAGAUGAGUAUCGAGUAGGCGCGUUGCGACAUCAGACACCGCUGAGAGAAUUACUAGAGCGGCAAAGGGGCCUUCAAUCAUCACUAAACCAAUGGCGCGGGUUAUGGGAGGAUUUGGACGUGAGGUCAAAAUCCCCAAGCACCCGAAUAAGAGGCGGGCCAAGAGUUCACGCACUGCUAAAGUACGAGUUAUCCCACAUCUGGACCGACAUGGCCUUUUCAGCAAACGAGGUGGGUUUUGACCAGCACCUGGAACGAUUCCGUCAGAUCACCGAACAAACCACCAAGUUUGCUGAGUCACAAGUCAACUGCCAACCGACACAUUUUCUGUUUGAAGCAGGAUAUACGCCCUCAUUAUUCUUCAUCGCAACGAAAUGCCGCGCGCUGGAUGUACGCCUUGAGGCUCUUCGACUACUGUCGACACUUGGAUCACCCCGAGAAGCGGUGUGGGACAAGGGCGAGUUAUUUUGUAUCGCCCGACGGCUCAUUGAGCUUGAGCAUAACGUGGGCCUGGACUCAUUUGGCGUUCUCCAAUACACGGGGUCGGAAUCGUGUCUUGGGCUCCCACGCGACGAAGUGAGAAUCAGACAUUUUGUUCCGGAGAAGAGCACGCUUUGGGACAGCUCUAUCACUGGGGGUGACAUGGGCGGCAACUUCAAAGUGAGAUUCUUCAUGAGAACACCCGAGGACGCCUUAUAUGUUCACGAAGAGGUCCUUGGGUGUGAAUACGUUCCGGACUUGUCGCCUUUUGAAGGACAACAUGAGUCCUUUUCAAGCAGCCCACAGAGCAUACAAGGGUGGGAAGAGAUUUCUAUCUUUUGA